UCUAGGAAGGGAGGCUGCGUUUGGCAGUGCGCGGGCCCGCAUGAGGCGUGUGUGGGGCCUGGAUUGAAGAGUUAAUUACUAAAAACAAAAAGAAAAACCUAAUAAACCGUGGAUUGGGCGCCUGUCUGUCCGGGUGGACCUUAGCGCAGUUGUGUAGCUGUUGACGAGGAGGUGGUUACAGCGGCAGCAGGCGCGACCGUAAACCAGACGCGGCCACGCGACCCUUAUGAAGGACUUAAAUGCCAUUACGCGCGCUGGACAACACGGCCUCCGCAAACUCGAGAGAUUGAAGUAGAAUGACCUCCCACUAAUAGGCUUCAUUGUCCUCCCGCUGGUACCCGCACAAUGCCCUCGACGUUAGCGGCCCCCUCAAAGCAUCUAGUAAAAAAUAAAGAUACCCGGAAGUGACUGAGUGGACCCGCGGCCUUGAAGUCUCCACAAUGCUUUAGACAGCAGCUCACAGCAACGUGAUUAGAAUUGUCUAGCGAAACACGACUUGCCACAUAAAAAUACGGAUAGAGGGGUCGCGAGAUCUGAGUCGGUCCAUUUUGUUAGCGUAUAAAGUAGGUAAAUACGCAGUGGGGUGCGAACAAAGCCCAAGCCACCUCGAAACGAAGGGAAGUAGACCACAUCGACCGGAUGGCCGCGGUGUCUCCAGUAGCAGCUUCAGCAGCAGAAGCAGUUUAGCAGGAGUAAAUCACGGGAAUCCGGCUCUUGAUUACAGCGAUAUCGGAUAAACACAGACGCGUGCCAUAAACCUAAGGAGGGUCACCUAAACAUCCACAUCAUAUCGCAUACCCACGACGAUGUUGGCUGGGUUCAUACUGUUGAUCAUUACUACGAAUACAAUGUCAAGUAUAUUUUGGACAGCGUUAUCGAAGAGCUACAAAAGGAUCCAGAGCGACGUUUCAUAUAUGUCGAAAUGGCUUUUUUCACUAAAUGGUGGAAUGAACAAACAGCCAUUAUACAAAAUAUCGUCCGAGAUCUCGUUCACUCAGGCCGUCUCGAGUUCAUCUCAGGAGGUUGGUCUAUGUCAGAUGAGGCGGCUACGCAUUACUCAGCUCUUAUUGAUGAGAUGACCAUAGGAACCCGCUGGCUUAAUGACACGUUCGGAGCGUGCGGUCGUCCGAAGAUCGGAUGGCAAAUAGAUUCAUUUGGACACUCUACAGAGCAAGCAGCGAUCUUUCGAAAGAUGGGUUUUGACGGAAUGUACCUGGGUCGAAUUCACUACGAAGAGAAAGAAUGGCGGGAGGAGCACCAGGAAAUGGAGAUGCUGUGGCAGACCGACCCAACUCAAGGCAAAGAAGGUCAAAUCUUUGUUGGAGUCCUUCCAAACGUCUAUUGGCCACCGAAAGGAUUCUGUUUCGACAUGUAUUGCAAUGACGAAGAAGUUACUAACAAUAAUGGACGUCGGCGAGCACAGGAGUUACUCGCCAUAGCGCGCAACCAGGCACGAAAUUACCAAACUAAUAAUACAGUAUUUACUAUGGGUCUUGAUUUUCACUAUCAGGACGCUAAUAAAUGGUUCCGCAAUCUAGAUAAAUUGAUCUAUUACAUAAAUCAAGAGCCUGGAGUCAACGCGUUCUAUUCAACACCUUCCUGCUACACAAAGGCCCUAUACGACUCUAAAAAGGUAUGGAGUGUUCACAAGGACGACUUCUUCCCGUAUGCGGAUGGUCCUCAUGCUUACUGGACCGGCUAUUUUACUUCGAGGCCUAAUUUCAAGUUUUUCAGCCGUGAGCAGAAUGGUUUCCUGCAGGCGUGCCGUCAGCUGGAGGUUUUUGGACGAACACGCAGUAACCAAAAGCAUAUGGAUCUCGCACGAGCGUUAGGCGUUAUCCAGCAUCACGAUGGAAUAUCAGGAACAGAAAAACAACAUGUGGUCGAAGAUUACGUGCGGAUGACCCUGGUCGGAACUAAACAGUGCGAGGCUCAGAUGAGUGAAGCAUUCCAAAAUCUGCUCGAUCCUGAUUCCGAUAGUACCCUUGUUCGAUUUUCAUUUUGUCCGUGGUUGAACGUGAGCGCCUGCGACGUGUCAGAGAAGGCGAAGGAUUAUUAUCUCAUUGUCUACAACCCGUACACGAAACCAUUGAAGACCUAUGCUAGGCUGCCUGUGGAACAUGCAGGCUACCAAGUUUUGGAACAACCUCGACGCGCUGUUCCGUUGCAAAUGGUUCCCGUAGAUGACGGUACUAUUCGGAUUCCCGAACGCCGUUCGGUCGCCCGUCAGAGCCUGGUCUUCCCGAUACAGGCUCCGCCUAUGGGUGCUCGGGUCUACAAGGUGGAAGCGGUUGAAGGAGGCGUACGAGACUCCGGUGAUUCUGUGCUACUGCCGGUUGAUUUGGAUGAAUACUCGAUAGAAAAUGAAUUCUACAAGUUGAUCGUAGAUCCCACCAAGGGACUGAUAAGCACGGUCGUUCUGAAGCGUCUUAAUACGCAGAUGCCUUUCCGACAAUCUAUCUGGAAAUAUUAUGCCUACCAGUACUCAAUGAACUGGAGUGUCGAAAAGCCCUCAGGAGCGUACGCGUUUAAUCCAUUUGAGGAUAAUCCGACCGAUAUGGCGCACAACGUGCCAUUCCGUGUCGUCAAAGGCGCUUUGGUGGAAGAAAUCCAUCAGGUCUUUGACUCAUGGGCGACUCAAGUGAUCCGACUAUAUCGAAAUGAGGAUCGAAUCGAAUUUGACUGGACAGUAGGACCUAUUCCAUUCUAUGAUGAUCGAGGCAGUUUUGGUAAGGAGAUCAUACUUCGUUUCGAAUCAAAUCUAAUCAACCGUGGCGAGUUCUACACCGACUCGAACGGACGUCAGGACAUCAAGCGAAUCCGCAAUAAUCCUCGUCCUUGGCAUCAGAACCUGACCGAACCGAUAGCUUCGAACUACUACCCUGUCGUGUCCUGGAUUCAUCUGCAAGAUAAACGCAGGAACAUUCAAAUGACUAUGGUACCCGAUCGGCCAAUGGGGGGCAGCAGCCUUAAGGACGGAAUGCUUGAACUCAUGGUGCACCGUCGCCUUCAGUACGACGAUGGCUUUGGGGUCGAGGAACCUUUAGACGAGCUGGGGGUCGACCGACAAGGUCUGAUCGCCAAAGGCAAGAUCUAUGUAACAUUUGACGAGAUUGCCAGGGCUCAACGCCGAAUGAAGCACCUGGCAAACAGGCAAGUUUAUAGACCCGUGUUAAGUUUCUUGCGGCUUUUCGCGGAUGGACAACACGUGGCCGAAAUGCGAAACCCAAUUUUUAUGGGAAUCACACGCUCGUUGCCGGAUAGCAUACACAUUCUCACCGUUGAGCCCCUAGACAAUCGACAACUUCUCGUGCGUAUUGAAUACAUGCACGACUCCGGUCCGCCGGUUACGAUCGAUCUGUCGCGAUUGUUCACGACGAUCCAGGUGUACGCAGCGGAGGAGACGGUGUUAUCAGCUAACCAGUAUUUAGGAGAUUCCGUACCUUUUCAUUGGUACAGCAAAGAGCCCGUGGAGCCGAAGACUCAACCGGCUGAGACCGAGUUACAGAAAGUCUUGCUACCCGGUGACAUUCGGACGUUCCUUCUGACAACAUCAUACUAACAAUGAUGAAACGAGUUAUAAUAAGCAAUCGGUUAAUAAUACUUUUCGUUUAUCAACAACCCGAUGGUUAUACGAAAAAUGUAACUUUACAAGUUUAUGCAAAUAUCGAAUCGACAACAAGGCCUGGUUAAUGAAAAAUUUAUUUUAUUUAAAAAUUGCUAUUAUUAUUAUUAUUAUUAGCCAUCAAUGAAAUAAACUGUAAAAAAUAAAAAUGUAAAAUGCAAUUGACAGAAACGGAUUAACGAAUAGCGACAGUCUCAGGUUUGGCUGCGUGAUGAUUUCACACGAAGAUCAGACAUGAAGAUUUUACGCGGGAAAAAAUAUCACAAAAAAAAGGCAUGCGUUACUUAUGCAUAUGAGAUGUACUAACGGAGAACGACCUAUCAUGACCAAAAGUGACAUCUAAACCCAAACGCAUUUUUGAAAACCAAGUGAAAAAAGUUUGUACCUCUACUUUAUAUUUUAGCGAAAGGGGACACGGUCAUUAUGUUGAAAUGGAUCCCGUGUCUUAUGAAGAGGUGUUUCUCACUUGGGACGAAUCAUAAAUCCUUCCAACUGUAGGACGCAAAGUGGGAAAGGCCUAACGCAAACAGGAAAGAGACACGGAAAGCUGCAAUAUGAGUGAGUAGGCAGUCAAGCCGACAACGAGGGUAGAGCAUGCGAAAGCUAGUCAGUCCGUUACAGGCGAACGUCAGCGCCAAACUUCGGGCAGAGUUUGUAAUAACGUCAAUGCGGUUAUGCUAACCACGAUCGUGACAGAAAGAUUAGUUCCAAACAAUCAUUAAAUAAUAAAUUGAAUGACCGCUUUUGUUUCUUUAGCGGAUGUUAUAUUUAUGAAAAAUAAA